AUGUGGGAACCAAUUCUACGUUCUUUGCGUAUUGUAUCAAAACGGCUACAAAAUAUAAAUAUGGAUUUGGAAGCAGCUUCAAACAUGAUACAGCUGGCUGUGACAUCAACUCAAGAUAUCAGAGACAACUACCAGCAUAUUUUAAUUAUUGCAAAAGAAUUAUGUAAAAAAUGGAAUAUACCAGUCACAUAUCCCAACGAACGUAAAAAACAAGCUGUAAAAUAUUUUGAUGAAAUAGAUGGUGAUCGUAGACUUAACACUAAUGAAGAUAAUUUUAAAGUUCAAAUCUUUUUCCCUGUUAUGGACUCUGUUUUAUCACAACUUGUAGCUCGAUUUAAAGGAACACAUGAUGUAGUUGAAACUUUUUCAUUUUUAAAUCCUACUUCAUUUUUAUCAAAAACUGAAAAAGAAGUUAUCAAUGCAUCAUAUGACUUCAUAUUAAAGUAUAGUAAUGAUAUCAGCACAGAUUUUACCCGACAAUUAUUAAGUUUAAGAACUAGUUUACAAAAACAUCAACUUAAAACUAUUAAGAGCUUGGCCAUUUAUAUUGUUGAAAAUGAUUUAUCCAUUGUAUUUCCAGAUGUUUUAAGCGCAUGUGUGUCACGUCAUCCAAUAUGUUAA